AAAUCAUCUUACCAUGAACGGAGAAAUCUUUAACGCCAAUCCAACUGUCUAUGCUUCCAAACGCUCUGCCCGGAAAUCGAAGUUCGAGGCAGGGCAGUCACUAUGGAUUGACGAACAGUACCAGCCCGAGCUCAGCAGCGAGUCCGAAGUGGAGCCUAUUGACGAGGAUGAGAUAUUUGACUUGAUCCGCUUUAUUGCAGAUCCUGAGCAUCCUAAUUCCCUUGAAGAACUCAGGGUAGUAUCUGCAGAGCAGAUCAAAAUCGGCGACAAUCACAUCAUGGUCGAAUUUACUCCCACCGUACCUCACUGUGGGAUGUCGACGUUGAUUGGGCUGUCCAUCCGUGUGCGACUGAUGCGAAGCUUGCCUCAGCGUUUCAAAGUGGAUAUUCGAGUGAAACCAGGAUCACAUCAAAGUGAACUUGCAGUGAAUAAACAGUUGAAUGAUAAGGAGCGUGUUGCCGCUGCUUUGGAGAACGCUGCCCUAUUGGAGACACUAGAAAAGUGUCUAGAGCCUGUUGGAGGACCUAACAGCCGGUAGCAAGAUUGUAGCGCCUUUGUUCUACUUCAGUGCAACUAUUCUCAGAAUAUCAAUUCUCUUGCUCCUUCCCACAUCGCACUUUUCAUCGUGGUCCGUCACAAAUUUAUCGCAACAAAUACCCACGACGACAACUGA